UCGGAGCAAACAGACAACUGGCUUGUUUUAUUUUUUUUGUUUGUUUUUUUUUCUUCACGUUUGGGAGCACUAGGACCCAGGAGACGCUGUUUCAACCAGCAGGAGUUAUUUCACAUAGCAGUACAGUAUAAGGAAAGCCCCAUUGGAUCUAUUAUUGCAGGAUACUUGUGAAACAUACAGAGAUUUCUUCUUCUUCCCCUGGCUGCAUCUUGAAUAUGGAGAUGUUGCAUGUGUGAGGAAGCCUGGCUUUGAAAGGCUGCAGUCUGCAGUGAAGAAUUCCUCAUCAAUAUUCUCUUUUUUCUUGUCCUGUUGAUAAUUGACUUCUUUGGUUCAAUCCUAUUAUAUUCCUUUUUUUUCCAUCUUCACCUUCCUUUGCUUCACACCUGGUUUGGAUCUGAGAACAUUACUGGCUACUUUGAGAGGUAGAGGCAUCUUGUACAUGGGAUCCUAGCUAUAGAUGGAAUUAACAGAUUUGAUGGUAAACUUGGCACUUAUGCAUUUGGAUACUGUUACUAAUUGGUAGCAGAAUAUAAAAUAGAAAUAUCACAGGGAUUAUUAAUACGUGGAUCUGCUGAAUAAGCAUUGUGAUGACCAGCUAUCACCUUGCUGACUGAUACCAACACAAGAACAAUUUGGAAGAUCGUGCUGGAGAACAGUUUUUGAGAGCUGAAAGAUGAAAGCUCCGAUUCCACAUUUGAUCCUCUUAUAUGCGACUCUAACACAGAGCUUGAAGGUCGUUACUAAAAGAGGUUCGGCUGAUGGAUGCACUGACUGGUCUGUGGAUUACAAAAAAUAUCAAGUUUUGGUUGGUGAGCCUGUUCGAAUAAAAUGUGCACUAUUUUAUGGCUACAUCAGAGCAAAUUAUACUUUGGCACAAAGUGCUGGACUUAGUUUGAUGUGGUACAAAAGUACUGGGCCUGGAGAUUUUGAAGAACCAAUUGCUUUUGAUGGAAUAAGAAUGAGCAAAGAAGAAGAUUCCAUAUGGUUUCGACCAACAGUGAUAGAAGACAGUGGUCUUUACGCAUGUGUCAUAAGAAACUCAACUUACUGCAUGAAAGUUUCUAUUUCGUUGGCAGUAGGGGACAAUGACACCGGGUUCUGUUACAAUUCCAAAAUGAAAUACUUUGAAAAGGCUGAACUAAGUAAAAGCAAGGAGAUCUUAUGUCCAGAAAUAGAAGAUUUUAUAAUGCCAUACAGGGAACCAGAAAUAAAAUGGUAUAAGGAAUGCAAAGCAAAAACAUGGAGGCCCAGUAUUAUUUUUAAAAGGGACACACUGGUAAUACGAGAAGUAAGAGAAGACGAUAUUGGGAAUUAUACUUGCGAACUGAAAUAUGGAGGUUUUUUAGUCAGAAGGACAACAGAAUUAACUGUGACAGCUCCUGUCACAGAUAAACCACCAAAACUGCUUCAACCACUAGAAAGCAAGCUGACAAUCCAAGAAGUGCAGAUUGGCAGGUCGGCUAAUUUAACCUGCAGAGCUUUUUUUGGCUAUGGCGGAGAUGCCAGUCCUGUGAUUUACUGGAUGAAGGGUGAAAAAUUUAUUGAAGAUCUGGAUGAAAAGAGGGUCAGAGAAAGUGAUACAAGAAUACUUAGGAAACAUCUCGGAGAGCAAGAGGUCUCCAUCUCAUUAAUAUUUGAUUCAGUUGAAGAUGCCGACUUAGGCAACUAUUCCUGUUAUGUGGAGAAUGGGAAUGGACGAAGACACGCCAGUGUUUUACUGCAUAAAAGAGAGCUUAUGUACACUGUUGAACUUGCUGGAGGCCUUGGGGCUAUUCUAUUGUUGCUUGUUUGUCUUGUCACCAUCUACAAAUGUUAUAAGAUUGAACUUAUGCUGUUCUACAGAAAUCACUUUGGAACAGAGGAACUCGAUGCAGAUAACAAAGAUUUUGAUGCAUAUUUGUCGUAUACAAAAGUGGACCCUGAUCAGUGGAACCAAGAGACAGGAGAAGAAGAAAGAUUUGCACUGGAAAUUUUACCUGAUAUGCUUGAAAAACACUAUGGAUACAAACUGUUUAUACCUGACAGAGAUCUAAUUCCUACAGGAACAUACAUUGAAGAUGUUGCAAGAUGUGUGGAUCAAAGUAAACGAUUAAUCAUUGUUAUGACUCCCACUUAUGUCGUAAGGAGAGGUUGGAGUAUAUUUGAGUUAGAGACCAGGCUAAGAAAUAUGCUGAUCACUGGAGAAAUUAAAGUGAUACUAAUAGAAUGCAGUGAAUUACGUGGGAUUAUGAAUUACCAAGAAGUGGAGAUGCUGAAACACACUAUCAAGCUAUUAACCGUAAUCAAGUGGCAUGGGCCUAAAUGCAACAAGUUGAAUUCAAAUUUCUGGAAACGUUUACAGUAUGAAAUGCCUUUUAAGCGAAUAGAACCCAUCACACAUGAGCAAGUUUUAGAUGUCAGUGAACAGGGACCUUUUGGGGAACUGCAGACGGUUUCAGCAAUUUCAAUGGCUGCUGCCACUUCCACUGCCCUGGCUACUGCCCAUCCCGACAUCCGCUCUACCUUUCAUAACACUUACCAUACACAAAUGCGACAGAAACACUAUUAUAGAAGCUAUGAAUAUGACGUACCUCCUACUGGCACCCUGCCUCUUACCUCAAUAGGUAACCAGCAUACCUACUGCAACAUACCUAUGACACUAAUUAAUGGACAGCGGCCACAGACAAAAGCAAACAGGGAGCAGCAUCCAGAUGAGGCUCAUACAAACAGUGCUAUUUUGCCGCUUUUGCCAAGAGAGACCAGUAUUUCUAGUGUCAUCUGGUGACAGGAAUGGUAGGGGCACAGCAGCCCCACACAGCUAGAAGCGGGAAUUGCAGUCUGGUGCCUGGAUUUUCAUCCUCGACUGCUGCUGUUAAACAUGCAUUACAAUCGUAAAAUUUUGAGGAAAAACAGGGUCUUGUACAUAUUUUUGCAAUUUAUUUGUAGCAUCAGUGUCUUCCUGUUUUACCCAUGUCUCUUGCCAUUACAUUUUUGACUUUGUUUUAUAUGUUAAU